UGUUUUAGGAAACACGAUCGACAUUUUUCACCAUUUUAUGAACCAAACAACUAAUCGGUUAAUCAAGAAAACAAUCAACAGAUUAAUCGAUAAUGAAAAUAAUGGUUAGUUGCAGCCCUAGUUUAGAUAACAAGUAGGUUUAUGAAGCUGGUGUUAGUCUGUGUUUUUCAAGACCAAAAGCAACAAUGUGAUCUAGGGCCGCAACGAACGAUUAUUUUCAUUGUCUUUUAAUCUGUCGAUUUAUUACGAAAUAAAUGUCUUCACCGAGCGGAACACAGAGUUGUCCAUGUGGUCGAGCUACUCGCACCAUGUGUUCCACACAUUCCUGCCUCAGUUGUAGCCAGGGAAUUAAAAAAAAAAUAAUUCUGAUGUGGUUUCAUUUAUUUACAUGAUAGUUUUAUUGACUUUAUUGGAUUUACUGCAGGGUAUUGAUAUGUUGAUCUGCACACUGUGGCAGAGGCCCGCUGGCGACCAGCAUCCCAAAAAAUCCAAGAAAUCACGGGAGUCAAACCUGAAACCACCACGUUGACUCGACACGUGAAGGGAUCCGAACAUGGGGAUGAGUCACGCUCCCCGAUGAAGCCUCCGCUCGGCGCGCGCUGAUUUGUCGACGCAGCGACCGAUUUCUGUUGUCUCGGCUCGGCAGAAGCAGAACACGGAGGCUCGUCGUAAAGAGGAAUAUCCUCCUCUCCUUGUUUUGUCCUCGCUCCGGCUUUACUGCCGCUCUGCUCGGGACCACUGCGCCGUUAAAAAACGAUAUACAGGAAGGCCACGAACGUCUCCGGGGUCACGAGUGUUCGUGUGCACGCACGCGCACACGCACUCGCGCGCACACACACGCGCACACGCGCACACACGAAUGUGCGUGAGCCGCUUAAUGCGAGUCUGAUGGAGUCGUAGCUAAUCCGUGAAGUCUAAACAGAUAUCUGAGAAGAACGAGAGGGGAAACGGUUCUGUUUACUGGCUGCGUGCCUUUUCCUUUCUCAUGACAACAAAUCCUGAACCUGGAAGCCCACAGACACACAGACACACACACACACACACACACAUCACAGAACACCUGCGUUCACAUGUUGCUCUUCUCAGAACUCUUCCCCCUGAGCUGCAGUGUUUGGCCUCUGCGGUUCGCUCCCAACAAGCUGCUAGUAACUGACACCACGGCACCAGUCACAUGUUUUAAUUUAUUUGCUUCAGCUGAUUUGUACACAGUUCAACCACUCGGGAAUGUUUUUGAAUGUAUGCGUGUUCUACUUAUUCCCACGUUGAAAAGUGAAAAGUUUGAUUUCUCAAUCAGGGUGCGAUUGGCCCGGAGGGGAGGAUAACGUGGGAUUUCCCCCUUUCUGGUCUACGUAUCUCCACCUCAGAUGAAUUAUAUUCAUCCCCCAAGUGAUCGAUGCUAGUUCACCAAUAGACCAUGUAGAAAUACCGAAAAACAUUUUUUAUUUAAACCAAGUAAAGCGCUGUAACGUGAAUAGUUCGCUAGAACGAUAUAAAAUCCGAAACGGACCGACCGCUGUCAGUGCUCGCGUUCGUGAGACAUUAGAUGACAUUGUGGCAAUUUUUAAUUUUUGUAGGAAAUUAUGUUUAUUCAAAACAACAGGCAUACUCAGAAGCAGUAUACAUUAAAGAUACUUUAUUUCUUCUUCUUCUCUGAACUCCCCCCCGGUCCCACAGAAAUUAAGAAAAGGAAAAUAAAAAAAAUAUAUAUAUUUAUACACAUACAUACACAUCAUUAUAUAUAAAUUAAAAAUACAAAUUAAAAUAGAAAUAAAAAGAUUAAAGAAAAUUAAAGAAACAAAUUAAAAUAAAGAAAUACAAAAUUAAAAAAGCAAAAACAAAAUGCACAUUGUUUGAAUGAAUGAAGGAGAACAAAAAUUAAGUCAAAAAAUAAAAAUACACCGUUCAGCACAUUGCAGCUAGUUAAACUAUUCCUGGUUCCAUUAGCCUCGAUCAAUGCACGACUUUUCAGAAUCGUCACCAAGCACUAAUAUUUGCGUGCUAGCGAGCGUUCGUGUCCCACGGAGGCCGGGAGUUUGAAAGCCAACUCCCGUUAGACGUGAUCGGAACAUCCCCGUCCCCCCUCCCAGUUUUUAACUCCACAAAUCGUCUUAUUGAUCGGAGAGUCUACGGACAUGCCCGCAGCUCUGUGAAGCUUUGCUUGGAGCUAAAUUCUAAGAUUGAUAUAUAUAUAUAUAUGCUACAACUUGCUAAUGUUUAACUGUGAUAAUAAAGUGUAACGUCUACCAUGUUCCGUCACUUCUGUGGAGAUGUGGGGGGGUUUAACAGGCUGUUGUUGGCGCCUCCAACCUCAUUCCAGUGAUUCCUCAGUGCCUAUGGGCAGUGGCACUGGAGGGGGGGGGGGUUAGACCUCCCUUUACAGGGUCAGCCACGGCCCCGGGUGCACAUGGUGAAACACUUAGCUGCUCUCUCGUUGUUCCACAAUCCAUCUCUAUCUCCGUCUCUGCACUUUUCUUUCCCCCUUUCAUGUCUGGACGUCUCCACGAACCGUCCCGGCGCUCGCUCCUAAUGCGAUGUCAUGCACACGUCUGUGUGUUUGUGUGUGAGUGUAAAGACGGUUGCGCUCGCUGUGUUCCUCUGCACAUGGACGUUCUCGCCGCUGAGCUCCAGCAGCAGCAGGCCUGGUACUCUCAUCACACGUCAGUUGUCUUUGGCAGCUGCUGCGACGACGCUCUUACCUGCUCAAAAGUUAUUCUACACCGGCUGUAAAUCACAACUAUGGGACUAUUUUCGUCAGACUCUUGGCCGGCGGCGGAGAUUAUUUUCUCUAUCGCUCACCGCCGGUCCCUUGUAAGUCUCUCGAAAUGCCAUUCCAUUCCAAAUUCCCUUUUUUUCUUCUCUCAGUCAUCUUAAAAUUAACGCAGAAAAUCAAUUUUCCAAAAGGACGACUGGAAAUGUCUGCGCGUCGUCCUUCAGUCUCACAGAAACGCUUCAACGCUCACAUCGGUCCAUGUUCUCAGAGCAGAGCUGAACUCGGCUGCUGUGAGGACGUAGACUCCGAUUCUUACAUUUUGCCAAGGAAGGUUCCAAACUGAAUGAAAUGACCAGGAAGUAUUUCAUCGGCAUCCGUGAUAAGAGCCGUUUGAAAUUCUUUAAAUGCUUAGUAAGAGGUGCUUGGACGCCUCCUUUCCUUUCUCCUUUAGCAUACGGUACACUGGAGCUUCCUAUGCCAAAGGAAAGGAGAAGUAGACGCCCCACAAUUCAUUGCGGCAGCGAUAUUUAACAUGACGUAAAUGAUUAAAUCCGAAGUAGAAGAAGAGUGUGAAUAUGACCCAGAAGAUGAAGAUGUAAGUUAUCGUUGCCUAUGAAGCUUUUAAAUCUGAUGUCACGCGGUGGUAAUACAUCGUAUGGCUGCGCUUCUUGUAGUCCAUCUUCCUAAGUGUGUAGUUUCAUCACGGUAGACGCACGUCAACAACAUCAUCCGCCUUCGCAUGAUAUGACGUAGUCGGAUCCUCUGAGCAGCGCUGUCGGCUCUCCCUGAGUCCUAUGAAGCCUCCUUUACGCCUCUCCUUGACCUCGUGACGAUUUCCACUGAGGUCAAGGGAAUAGUAGAUAGGAAGGACGAUCCACCCUCAGACUCAGGUGUGAUUGACCUGAGCUGUGACCCCCUGCCCUGAUAAUCCCCUUCUGACGAGGAGCGAGGACGACUCAUGUUCCGUCCCCAGUGGCCGGGGCGGCACUCCGGCCCUGCAGCCAAGGUGGGGACCCGAUCAGGCCACGCACAACGGGCACAUCACUCUCUUAAAGGGCCAUUGGCCGUCACAAGGGGCUGCAACCCGACCCCGCUGCCCUAUAAUCUCUGAAUGCUAACUGGGCAGUGACACGUCACUAAGACGGGCUGAGAUGUGGAUCAACAGCGGAGCGAGGAAAGGGUCCUUCGCGAUGUCAACAGCUGUCAUGUAGAAGCGACAUUAUCGUGCGUUUCACUGCGAUCCCGUGUUCCAAACGCCUUUUCACCGGUUGCUUCCAGUGGCCUACGUCAUCUCCGUGCAUCUCCCUCCUCCUGCUUCCAUAUAUCUUCUGUCUUCUGGGGCUUCUCCCUCCUCCACCCGACCGCCCUCCCUCCACCCACAUAUGGGAUUCACAUUUGGCUCCGCCGGAACAUUUUCUUAAUGUGAUAUUAUGCUACAUCAUCUGAGGGGCCGUUCCACUCCCUGUCACCACCCCUCGCGUGGACACAGGCCGCACGGGGGCCGAGGAGAGGCGGUCGGACGCUGUCCACGUGAGUUACGACCAUUUCAUUUGACACCGCUCGCGGCCACGGUCGCUCACGGCGCCUGAGAAGUGUAAUCAAAACACAAACGCUGCUGACGUCGGUCUCUCUCUCUCUCUCUCUGUGUCUCCGUCUCUCUAGGAGCCUGUUGGUGGCGUGGACGUUUUCACCCUCUCCUGCUGGCGGCUGUAAAUCGCCUCAUGUCGAAGCCGAUGGAGGAGGACAACCCCGGCAUCGCAAUCUCAACUGUCCGUACGACAAAGACGUGCCCAUCAAGAGAAGAUGACUAAGACUGCGGUGGUGGAUCCAGACGGGCGGGGGAUGGAGCGGCCCGGCGAGGGCGACCCAGCUCCCAGCGCCUCUCUCCCUGCAGCUCGCCGACCUUGAACCGCGAGAGAAACAAGAGGGGAAACCGCAAAACAAAACAAAAAGGGAAACCGCAGACGAUACAACAAAGCCGGCGAGAGCCUCGGGGCGGCCCCCCGCCAUGAAGCCUUCAAUCUCCGCGGGCCCCCCCUCUGGCCUGCUGCUGGUCCUGGUGUGCUGCCCCCUGCUGGGCCUGGUGCAGUCGGCCGGCGGCAACAAGGCCAGCGGCGACAACGCGCAUCCGCACCUGGCCGACUCGGACCCGGAGCGAUGCAUGAGGCACCACUUUGUGGAGACCAUCACACAUCCCAUCUACAAGUGCAACUCCAAGAUGGUGCUGCUGGCGCGCUGCGAGGGCCACUGCAGCCACACCACGCGCUCCGACCCGCUCAUCUCCUUCAGCUCGGUGCUCAAGCAGCCGUUCAAGAGCACCUGCUCCUGCUGCCGGCCGCACACCUCCAAGCUGAAGGCGGUGCGGCUGCGCUGCGCCGGGGGCACGCGCAUCACGGCCACGUACCGAUACAUCCUCGCCUGCAACUGCGAGGAGUGCAGCUGAGCAGCGGCGCCGCCCUCGGGACUCUCACCACGGCAGCGCUCCGUCUCGGACCCUCGAUCUGCGGCUCAUCCGGAGCGAUUUCUGUUUUCUGGGUUGAUUGUUGGAUCAGAACAUUCCCCCCCCCCCCCCCCCCCCCCCCCUCCCGGAGGACCGCCGUCGUACCAACCCCCCCUCACACACACGGGCCUCAGAGUUGACCCUCAAACAGAACACGCCACAUACCCUCUUCAAGUCAAUCAGUGUAAAUCAUCAGAGGCACAUUUUUCUGUAGCGCUCGAGGCCAAACACCACAAACUGCUGCUCCCUCGGGGGGGGGGGGGAGAGACCCUCCUCGCUGCAGAGGCCUCCGUCAAACUCAUAACACGCAGUGAGAGAAACUCAUUGUUAGAAAUAUGUAUAUCUGUAACAGGCGUCGUCCUCCACCGUGCGUUUGACGACAAAAUGAAAAACCAACAAAACGCCUCGUUUAAAAAAAGCAGCACUGGGAAAAAGAGACGAGUCUCCAGGUGAGAGAAGACACGUGAUGAAGAGGA